AUGGGUUCGGUGCCACUGCGGGUUGUGGUGCUGCUCGGCGUCGCUGGAUGCGCAGCCGACGAGCAGUGCGAGCACCUGGUACAGGGGGUCCAGGUGCACAGGAUCAGCGUCCAAUGGAGCUUUGCGGCCUGGGCUGCAGGGAUCUUCGUAGGCUUGACUCGUCCCGAGUUCGGGGUCUUCGUUCUUGUCCAGGGGUCGCUGCACUGCCUCGGAGACUGCCGCGGCUGCUACGACGCUCUUGGCGAAUUGUCCUUGGACCGACGCCCGGAUCGCAAAGAUGUCUUGCUCAUCGAAGAAGGUGAAAGUGCGGCGGAUGAUGACUUGUGUUGCGGAACGCAGCAUCGGAAGCAGAACGAGAUAGAACGAGUGAUUCUGCACGGAGAUGCCUGUGAGGCCACAGCCGAAGACAUCGAAGCCUGGUUGGCUGCUCCGGAGGUCUGUGAUGCCCACCUGAUGUUCCCUGUGGACAUCCAGCGUCAGGCAUGGAGCCUGGCCGCAGCCCCUGAGGAGUACCUUCGCUUUCGGGGGGCGGAGCAGGACAAACGCAGUGCGCGAGAACUGUGCCAGUCCCUCCAGCUGCUUUCAAUCUCGGCGUGGCAAGGAGCCCGGCGCUCAGCGCUGUCAUGUCGCGACCAGGAGAUCAGCUGCCUGAAGCCUCGACGGGAGAAUGCCAUGCGCGUGCUGUCGCGGCAGUGGAAGGAGACGUCCAGGCGGGCUGCCGGCGCAGCCACCGCAUCUGUCGACAUCUCCUUCGCUGGGAAUGAGACUCCUACUCUUUUACAGGCUCUGGCAUCUUCGGGGCAGCUGGCUCUGUCCCAGGCGAUGGGUGCAUCCCUGGAGGAGCUUGAACCUCUGGGAUCUGAUGGCGGGGCGGAUGCAGCCCUGGCUGUCCUGGCCAUGGAGCUCGGGCGCCUGGCCCGGCAGGUCAUGGAGCACUCGCGGACCAUCUGGGGACUGAAGCAGCUGGCUCUGGAGCUCUCCGAUGUGUAUCCCAACAUCCAGAGCCAGCUGCCUACAUAUCGUUUCCAGACGCGCUUCUACGGCAGGCAUUUCGACGUUCUCGAGCGCCUACUGGACGGCCUGGAGAAGCAGAAAGGCCAGCCUGAUCUCGAGAUUCGCAUGGCCGAGUUGGGUGUCGCAUGUGGGCCCAUGGGCCUCCACUUGCUCGCGCGUUUCCCACAACUCCGCUACUUCGGCGCUGAUCCGACAAUCAAGGACGAGGUGAGGGAGGCAUACUCGCCCUACGCCGCGCGUGCGGAGCUGCACGCCACAACGAGUGAAGAGAUGCAUCAAGCGUUGGCAGACAAAGAGCCCAUGGACAUCGUCUUCGUGGAUGGUCCACAUACCUAUGCGAACGUGAGAAACGACCUCCAUCUUUGGGAGCCACGCGUGAAGAAAGGCGGCAUCAUCGCUGGGCACGACUUCACUGUGAGGCAUCCACCAUUACUAUGGGCGGUCUCUGAGUACAGGAUGACGACGGACGGCACAUAUAUCAACUUGGCGAUGGACGGUGUCUGGUGGUGGCAAGUGACAUGA